AUGCCUCGCUUCCAGCUGCCCGUCGCGGUCGCUCUCGCCGCCAGCGCACUCGCCAGCGCCGCCCUCUUUGCCCUCGCAGCACCGAAAGAGGGACAAAUACAGCUGCCGCUCCACGCAGACCGCGAGCGCGAGCACGAGCGCGACCCCUUCGACGUCACCGUCCCCGACGACGUCGUCGAUGGCGACCCAAUAGACGAGCCCGCCUUCUGGGCCCGCACCCGUCUCAGAAAGGCCCUGCUCGCCCUCUUCUUCGUCGCCGCCCUCGCCAUCCAGGCCGCCCUCCUCGGCUGGUCCCUCUCCCUCGACGACCGCAAGAACGCCCUCGUGUUCGCCCUCCACGCCCUCUUCGCCGCCUACCUCCUCCUCCGCGCCGUCUCCGCCCUCGCCCAGGACACCACCGGCCCGCACACCGAGUCCAUCGUCCACCUCUCCGCGCUCUCGACCCUCGCCCUCGCUCUGCUCGGCAUCACCGCCCUCCUCCCGACCGAGCACGCCUUUGAAUAUUCCCACGUCGCCGCCCUCUGGCACACCGUUCUCGCCCUCUACGCCGCCGCCGCCAUCGUCGCCGUCACCACCCCGACCGGCCCCCCGCUGCACUUCCCAGAGUCGCAGAUAUACUCCGAAAAAACAGUCGCGGCCAUCACCAACAAGACCCACGACAACGUCUGCGGCAUCACCGGCGCCUCCGUCUGGGACACGCUCCUGUUCUCGUACACGACCAAGGUCGUCAUGCUCGGCAACACCGCCGAGAGCCUCGACAUCGGCGACCUCCCCAUCGUGCCGGGCGACAUGCGCGCCACCGCGCUCUUUGCCGCGAUGCGCACGACGCUCCGCACCGUGCGCCUGCGCGUCGGCACCUGGCGCCCGCAGCCGGGCGCGGGCUGGGAGCUCAUCUACCGCCUGCUGCGCCUCAACGCGCGCGCGUUCGCGCUGCAGAUGGCGCUCGCGGGCUCGGGCGCGCUGGUCUACUACGCCCCGCCGUUCUUCCUGCGGGAGCUCGUGGCGUACCUCGAGAGCGACCCCGAGCGCAGGCGCCGCGCGUGGGGGUGGUUCUAUGCGAUUUGUUUGUUCGCGUCGACUGCGGGCGUGCAUCUGCUGACGGGCCAGCUGUGGUCGAUCUCGACGACGACGAUCCAGGUGCGGCUUAAAGUCCAGCUCAACUCGAUCCUCUUCGCCAAGACGCUCGUGCGCAAGGACGUCGCGUCGUCCGCCGCUUCCACCGCCGAGGACGCGUCCAAGAAGGACGCCGCAAACACCGCCGUGGGUGGGGAGGGCACGGGCGGGGAGAAGAAGGAGGACGAGGACGAGGGCGAUUUUUCGAGCAAGGCGCAGAUUAUGACGCUCAUGACUACGGAUGUGGAUCGCGUGAGCGAGUUCGCGUGGCAUUUGUUCACGCUCGUCGACUCGCCGAUCGAGAUCGUGAUCGGGACCGUGUUUUUGUACAAGCUGCUCGGCGCGUCGUCCUUCUUCGGGCUCGCGGCGACGUGCGUGUUCCUGCCGCUGAACCACUUCGCGGGCAAGGUCGUCGUCGGCGCGCAGGACAGCCUGAUGAAGGCGCGCGACGAGCGCGUGAGCCUCAUGAACGAGAUCCUCGGGGCGAUUAGGAUGCUCAAGUUCAUGGCGUGGGAGCGCAGCUUCGAGGCGCGUGUCCUCAAGAUCCGCGAGAAGGAGCUCAAGUACCAGAAGCUCAACUACACCAUCGAGACGCUCUGGAACGCGAUUUGGAACGCGUCGCCCAUCGUGGUCACGCUCGUCGCGUUCUACCACUUCGCGGUCGUGCGCCAGCAGGUGCUGACCCCCUCCACCGCGUUCACAUCGGUGCUGUUCUCUGAGAUGAAGUUCGCGCUCAAUGCGCUCCCGGAGACGCUCAUCAACAUGCUCCAGAGCCUCGUCUCGCUGCGGCGCAUCGAAAAGUACCUGCACGGUGCCGAGGUGGCGCCCGUUCCGCCGCUCGGCGGCGCGCCCGUGCCCGUCGCGUUCCAGGGUGCGACGGUGACGUGGCCGCAGGACCGCGCGCGCGGGGCGAGCACGAGCGCGGCGCCCUCCGCGGCGCCGACGCCGCGGAACAAGUUCGUGCUCGUCGAUCUGAACCUCGCGUUCCCGCGCGACCGGCUGUCGCUCGUGUGCGGGAAGCUGGGGAGCGGGAAGACGCUGCUGCUGCUUGCGCUGUUGGGCGAGGCGGAUAUGUUGACGGGGCAGGUGUCGUGCCCGCGGACGCCGCCGGACGCGAUCGCCGCGUUUGCGAAGGAGUCUCCGUCGGACGAGGAAUGGGUCGUCGAGGGCGUGUGCGCGUAUGUCCCGCAGACGGCUUGGCUCCGGAACGCGUCUAUCAAAGACAACAUCCUGUUCAAUUUGCCGCUGGAUGAGCGGCGGUAUCAAAAGACACUUGAGGUGUGCGCGCUGCUGAAUGAUCUGAAUAUAUUGGAGGACGGAGACGAGUCGGAGAUCGGGGAGCGCGGGGUGAACCUGUCUGGAGGACAGAAGGCGCGAGUGUCGCUCGCGCGGGCGGUGUACUCCCGCGCGUCCAUCUUGCUUCUGGACGACGUCCUUUCCGCCGUCGACGCGCACACGGCGCACCAUCUUUAUUACGAGUGCCUCAAGGGCGACCUGAUGCGCGGGCGGACCGUCGUGCUCGUGUCGCACCACGUGCAGCUAUGCGCGCCCGGCGCGGACUACGUCGUCGCGCUCGACAACGGGCGCGUGCUCUUCCAGGGCGCGCGCGAGGCGUUCCAGGCGUCGGACGUCCUGUCGGGGCUCGUGCAGUCCGGCGCCGCCGACGCCGACGCCGACGUGGAGCACGAUGCGGAGCCGGAGACGAUCGAGGCGGAUUUGAAGGUCCUCGACGAGGAGGCGCGCGCGCACGCGCACGCGGCGGACGCCUCGGGCGGCGAGCCGGCGUCGGAGACGAGCUCGACGGCGGUCACGUCUGUGAGCGCGGAGGCCAAGGCGGACCGGAAGGCGCCGCGGAAGCUCGUCGAGGAGGAGAAGCGCGCGGUGGGCCGGAUCGAGCGGAGCGUGUGGGACCUGUACAUCCGGGCGUCGGGCGGCGCGGUGUACUGGGUCGUGUUCGCGCUCGUGCUCCUGUUGGCUGCGGCGGGGCCGGUCGCGGAGAACGGGUGGCUGUCGGUUUGGUCUGGGGCGUCUGGGGCGUCUGGGCGCGAGCCGAGGACGCCGAUGUUUUACAUCGUCGUGUAUGCUUCGAUUACCGCCGCUGGCCUUGUCAUCACCACCCUUCGUUGGUUCAUCCUUUAUCGCGGAUCGAUCCAUGCUUCGACCGUGCUGUACAAAAGGCUUUUGGAGACCGUGCUGUUCGCGAACAUCCGUUUCCACGACACCGUCUCGCGCGGGCGUCUGUUGAACAGGUUCGGAAAGGACUUUGAAGGUAUCGACAGCAGCCUGUCGGACAACUUUGGUCGUAGUAUUAUGUUUGGGCUGUCGGCGUUCACGACGCUCGUGACUAUCAGCAUCGUCGGCGGCCUGCCGUUCUUCAUUUCCGCGGUGCUGCUCGGGUCGCUGUAUUACAGAGGUGCACAGGUGUAUGGACAGACUUCGCGGGACAUGCGCAGAUUGGACUCGGUCACGAGGUCGCCUCUGUAUUCCAUCUACGGGGAGACCAUCGCGGGCGUCACGAUCCUUCGCGCGUUCGGCGCGUCGUCCAAGUUCCUCCGCGACAUGCUCCGAUGCGUGGACACGAACACUAAUCCGUAUUAUUGGAUGUGGGGAGUCAACCGCUGGCUCUCUGUCCGGUUCAAUCUCCUGUCGAGUGCCAUCGUCGGCGUGACCGCCGUGGUCGCCAUCCUUACGCCGAGCAUAGACGCGGCUCUGGCUGGCUUCAUCCUGGCGUUCGCUUCUACCAUCACAAACGAUAUUCUCUUUUUGGUCCGACGGUUCGUCAGUUUGGAGCAGUCGAUGGUGGCGCUCGAACGAGUGAAGGAGUAUUCCGAGUUGAAGCGCGAGCCACCCGAGUUCAUCGAGCCCCGCCCGCCCGCUUCGUGGCCUUCCAAGGGAGAAAUCGACUGCGAAGGGCUCGUCAUCAGAUACGCGCCCGACCUGCCGAACGUGCUGCACAACCUCAACUUUUCUAUCCGCCCUGGCGAGAAGGUCGGUAUUCUCGGCCGGACGGGGUCUGGGAAGAGCACGCUUGCGCUGUCGUUCUUCCGCUUUGUGGAGGCUACCGAGGGGUGCAUCCGCGUCGACGGGCUCGAUAUUUCGCAGAUCGGCCUCACCGACCUCAGGAGCAAACUGACCAUCAUCCCUCAGGACCCCACCAUCUUGAGCGGGACCGUUCGGUCUACGCUCGACGUGUUCAAUGAGUAUCAAGACGCUGAGAUCUACGAAGCUCUUCGUCGUGUUCAUCUGAUCCCUUCGGAGGAGCACUCUGACGAUCCCCAAGACCCCGUCAAUGCUAAUGUUUUCCGCAGCCUGGAUUCGCCUGUAUCGGAAGGAGGGGACAAUUUCUCCACUGGAGAAAAGCAGUUGCUGUGCAUGGCGCGGGCCAUUUUAAAACGUUCAAGAGUGUUAGUUAUGGAUGAGGCGACGGCGAGCGUCGACUACGCAACGGACGAGCUCAUCAGCAAGACCAUACGACAUGAAUUCGCAGAAAGCACUAUCCUGACCAUCGCUCAUCGCCUGCGCACGGUCAUCGACUACAACCGAGUGAUGCUCUUGGAGGACGGUCGCAUCGUGGAGUUCGAUAGCCCAGGCACCCUGCUCUCGGACCCUUCGUCCAAGUUCCACUCGCUUUGCAAGGCCACGGGCAAGAACGAGUUCGCGGUGCUGAAGAAAAUGGCGGGCGCCAAAUAGAUCAAGCGAUGCUUGGGGUGGCCACUCCCACCGCUACAUAUAGAAACUCGAAAUGACUGUUUUCCACAUGA